AAAUAAUUAAUCCUUCACGAGAUCUUAACCUCCACCUUCCACAUUUCCGUUGUCUCUCUCUCGUCCGUAGUCCCAGCCAGCAUAUAUCUCCUGUGUCCAUCUCCCUUCUCUCUCUCUCUCUCUCUCUCUCUCUCUCUCUCUCUCUCUGUCUCUGUUUCUCCAGGUUCAUCUUUACCUUUUCUCCGUUGGAAUUAGGGCAAAAAGAAAUCGCAUUAUCCGCCAUGGAAGAAGCUCAGUGCUGGCCAUGUUCGAGGUUCAGCAUUUGAUUUUGGUGGCGGGGAAUCGAGUUUAUCGAUUUGAGGAAGUUCGUUGAUGUGUUGAUGAUUUUAUACUUCAUUGUGAAACCGUGUUGGCAAUUCGGAAAUGGAACCGUUCUGGAGUUCAAGUGGUAGGCCGGAAGGUUGGCACAUAAUGGUCUCUAUCUACUUCGCUUUCAGUUUCAUCGUCGCCAGGUUCUUCCUCGACAGGUUCAUCUUUCGCAGGUUGGCGAUCUGGUUGCUGAAUGCUGGACCUGUCUCGUUGAAGGUUAAUGACACUACACGAGCAAAACUUGUAAAAUGCUCAGAAUCUCUAUGGAAACUAACAUACUAUGCUGCAGCUGAAAUUUUAAUUCUCAAAACUACCUACAACGAGCCGUGGUUCUAUGAUAUAGACCAGUACUUUACUGGCUGGCCAGAUCAAGAAUUAAGGCUUCCGCUUAAGUUCUUUUACAUGUGCCAAUGUGGGUUCUAUAUAUACAGCAUUGCUGCCUUACUCACAUGGGAGACUCGAAGAAAGGAUUUUUCUGUCAUGAUGUCUCAUCAUGUAAUUACUGUUGUCCUGAUUGCAUAUUCCUAUUUUACAAGUUUUUUCCGUAUUGGCUCAAUCAUCCUCGCCCUUCAUGAUGCAAGUGAUGUAUUUAUGGAAGCUGCUAAAAUCUUCAAAUAUUCUGACAAGGAGCUUGGUGCAAGUGUGUGCUUUGGAUUAUUUGCCAUCUCGUGGCUUCUUCUGCGAUUAAUAUUCUUUCCAUUUUGGAUUAUCAGAGCUUCUAGUUAUAAAGUUCGGGACUGCUUGAACCUCUCGGAGCCUUAUCCCAGGUCCCUGUACUACAUUUUCAAUACAAUGUUACUGAUGCUACUUGUGUUCCACAUAUAUUGGUGGGUCUUAAUAUGCGCAAUGAUAAUGAGACAGCUGAAAAAUAGAGGAAAAGUUGGUGAAGACAUAAGAUCCGAUUCUGAGGAUGACGACUAGGUUGAUGACUUUGUUCAGCAUUUUUCAUGUGCUCUGAUGAUGUCUGCCAUGGAAGAGAUUACUUUCGCUUGUUUGUAGGUUUGUCUCUGAACUAGAUUGAUCAUUUACCCGAUGGUUGAAAAUUUUGUUCUACUUCAGUUUUUCAUCAAUACUUCAUGUGGUGAGUUGGGAGGCGGUAGUGCUCAGACCAUCAGGCGAAUCUCUUCUUGUUUUCUUUGAUGUACAAAUAAUAGGCAAUUUCUGUAUAAUAAUUUUCGCUGAGAAAACUCUUGUUUUGAUAUAGAAUUUUUACGGGAAAUGGAAAGGAAUGAAGAGGGGGAAAAAUAGACAGAAA